GAGAGGGGGCGAGAGAGGGAGAGAGAGGGAGAGAGGCGCACAGACAACGCUGGGGGAGCAGAUUAUGAAGCGGAGCUCGGCAGAGGCAGUCUCUCCUGCAUUGUCUCGAUGGCUGCACACGCAUUCCUCCUCCUCCUCCUCCUCCUGUCCCUCACCCUGCUGUCUGCACUCAGCCAGCCAGCGCUCUCCUUCGAUCAAGUGCCUGACAUCCUCGAUAGAAGCUCAAAUGUCCCUCAUCAGUCAGUGAGAAUCAGAACAAAUCCAGAUGGACUGGGUUUGGAAAGUGAAGAAAUUGUUUUGUCCCCUGAAGAGGAAAACCCACUGAGGAGAAUACUACAGCCUUACGGAUGGCAUCACCAGGGCCAGGACCUGAGCAAGCGGAAGCUCCUCCAGUCCCUCAGCUCCGGGCCCUACUCCCCCCUGAGCGUGGUCUACAACGGCAACACCUGCAUCCUGUUUAAGGCCAAGCGGCUGGCCAUUCGCUACAAGAACCACACCUUCGUGGACCUGACGGAGAAGACCUUCGGGCCCGGCGCCCCGGUAGACACCAAGGGCUCCAUCUGCACCAAGGAAAAGGCAACGCUCUCCCUGAGGUUUGGAGAUGUGGAGGACCUACGAGGGCUCGUCAUCCGGCUUCAGAUGUCCAACAGCUUCUACGAGUCGGCGGGUCAGAACUGGUUCACCCUCGACAGCGUCCACAUCCAUUACAACUGGACCCAGGAGGCCACGUUCAACGCCAGCGAGGUGUACGCCCCCGCCACCUCGUCCUACCACUGCCAGCACGUCAGCAGCCUGCACAAGUACGACACCCUGCUGAUGCCCAGCUCGCACAGCGACACCUCCGCAAACUGGCACAUCACAUUCACCGACUUCCAGAUCCAGGCCUUCAACGUGCAGUCAGACAAGUUUGCCUCGGCCACCGACUGCGCCACUUUCCUGACGCCAGCCAUCCUCAUGGGCCUGGUGACCUCCCUGAUCCUGCUGCUGGUCCUGGCCUACGCCCUGCACAUGGUGGUGCACCUCAAACACAUCGACCGAUAUGAGGAACACAAAGCCACGGUCUACUUCCCCCGGAGCCCGGAGGCCGAGUUGCCGGACAAGAACAGCCUCUGAGCUAAGGUGGGAGGACGUGAGAGAGGGAGAGGCGAGGAGGGAUAGGAGGUCGGGAGAAGAGGACGAGGGGAGAGAGAGAGCGCACAUGGGUGAGAGUGGAGAGAUGCAUCCUACAGCUUCAGAACGCCUUAUCGUGCUUCAUGUUCAAUGGGAAUUACAGUUUGCCUCCGUAGAAGAUCAACAUAUCGAGAUAAAAGGGAAAAAAACGUAAAUGUCAUAUUUGUUUGCACCAUCGAAAUUGUGCUUGGAUCCUUAUUUCAUAUUUCUGUCAACAUGCAUCAAGGCACGUGACAUUCCGCUUCUGUUAAAGGCAACUGGAUUUACACCCUCUCUCUCGCUCUCGCUCUCUCUUAGAGGAACCCUUGGUCUCUAAGGUCAAUGUCAGGGGCCCUGAAGGACUAUAGUGUCUACAGAUGUUCACCCCAACCAGUGUGUUGCAUCACAGGCUUAAUCCCACUAACCUUCGUCACAUAUUGACCUUACAUAAUCAGGUUUACCAUAGUGUACUUUCCUCCACAAAAGAAAAAUCCUCCAUAUGAGCAGAUUGCGUAGCUGAAAAAGCCUUACAUGCUACAUGCUAUCAUAAGUUGAUUUCUGGAGGCAAGUCUUAUCUGUGUGACUAUUGGGAGAUGAGGAAGUGGGAUGUUUCUACUCAAAAGAUACAUCUGGAAUUACUCACAAACCUUUGACGAGUCAUGGCAUAAAAAUGCUUUUUUGGGGGGAAACACACUGGGUUCCGACACCUGGCUGGGGGGGAAUAGGAUCUGCUACUGUGCUUCCAGAGCCUCUUGGUU